GCACCCUGAGACCUCGAGCGGCUUGGCAGUUUUCAACAGCUAUCGGCAAUCAUGUCGUCCAUGGCCACCGUUCCGCAGACUGAUGAGGAGGAGAUGGAAACUUCACAGAUUUGGGGGUCAACCAAUGGAAACGAAGCAAAGGUUUCUCAUUGGUUUUCUCGCGCGAGGGCCUCCUUCAUUGUGCCUGCUGUUGGUCUCAUGGUUGUGGGUGUCUUGGCAUUGGGCGCGAUUCGCGCGAAUGUGGCCCCUCAGACUGCUCAGGACCAGGCUGGAAUUGUCCAAUUGGGCGAUUUCAAGAUCCCAACGCUUCCAGCGAAUCCGAUCGAUGAGUUGAAGAAAGAAAUCAAACAACCAAUUACAAAAUUCAAGGCAGACUUGGGCAUCAAUGACUUGAGGGGGGAUCAGAUUGCACUUUGCGUCGUCAAUCUCAACUUGGGAAUCUGGAAGGUGAUUCAGGUGGGAGCACUCAUCACCAAAACGGUGGACAAUUGUGCAUAUCAAACCACCAAUAUCGACAAGAAAGUUGCAUGCAAUAUCAAUCUUGCUGCGAUCAUAGUUACUUUGUCAGAAAUGAUGGCCUUCUUCACCAGCACCUCCACCUUAUGCACAGGCAAAACAAACCCAGAUGCCCGCUGCACAGUAUUUAUGGCACUGACCUUCAGGCAUUUGGCGCUCUUUGCUGCAGCUGAGAACCAAAUUGCCCUCUUUUGCCCUAAGGCCUCAUACGAAACAACGGUCGUGGAAGGUGGAGUGAGAACCUAUGAUGCUGCAGAACGCCGACUUCUUUCGAAUUCAUCCUUUGCUAACAGCUCUGCUGACAGAGAACUCUCCGCAGUGGUGGUUCCCGACCCCCCCGCCGCUCCGAUUGCAAAAUUGUUUUGCGCAUGGAAUGUUGCUGAGAGUUUCUGGUUCUUUGCUCGUAUUCCCCCAUUGGCCGACAUCGCACGCAGACGUUGCCCGGCAGGGAGGACCGCAAGGAGCAAGGCUGCUUGUUCCGAGGUGAUCAAUAACAUCCUCACCAUGACAUUCAACGGAGUCAAGUUGAUCGCUGCAGCCACAACCAAUUGUGUGGAAGGCACAAACGUGGCUGCUGGAUGUGCUGCUGGCAGUCUGAAUUUCAUGUCAGGAAUCACCGGGAUAAGCUGGGUGGCCUCGGCCUUCGCAAACGGUGCAUGCACAGAUUUGGAUGUAAAGAGGAAAGCUGCCACGGAGGUACGCAUCAAUAGAAAGAUUCACAAGAUUAACCUCAUCAAGAGCAACACGCUGCGGCGCUUGCUACGAGAGAAGAAACUCGUAGGCCCCGCCAUCGCACAAGCUCACCAGAUGAUUGCUCAAGAAGAGGAGGACACACGCAACAAUGCCACCACAGAAGAACUUGUCCGCCAUCUUAUGCAACAGAUGAAUCCACAAGAAACCGAGACAGGUUUUGAAGAUGAUCCCUAUGAACUUGUAUUGUCACACCUCCAGAGCUUGAAGGCACCCAGUGAGGCAGAGUGGCAGCAGAUGAUGGCAAAGCUGGGCACCAUUCAGGACACGGCCUCCAGCCCUGUCCUUGCAUAGAUUGAGCUUCAUCCUUUGUGACUGAGAAGCAUCAAAUUCAGCUUCCGCAUCCUUGCAUGGAGUGCCGGGUGCGAGCUGGUGCCAAGAAGUCACUGUGAAGUAUGUAGAGCGAUUGCAAAAAAGAACUAAAACACGCGUUGAAGUAUGUGACUGCUUGGUUUGCUAACUCCUUGACUUCGAACCGACCCAAAGAAGGUCCUCAGCCACAGCAUCGCCUGUCAGGCAUGCAGGCAUUCCGAGCUGCAAGUAAUCUGGCAGAGAAAAGUGAUGCUUCUUCAGGUCCCAAGCGCUGCUUGGAGCUC